UUCCAAAAUGCCUCCCAUCUUGCCGGAUUUCUCCACCUCCGUCAAGCUCAAGUAUGUCAAGCUUGGGUAUCAGUAUCUGGUGAACCACAUUAUAACUCUCACCCUAAUCCCUCUCAUUAUCGCUAUUUUCCUUCAGGUUCUUCGAAUGGGUCCUGAUGAGAUUCUCAACCUCUGGCGAUCUCUCCACUUCGAUCUCCUCCAAAUCCUAUGUUCCUCCUUCUUCAUCAUCUUCGUCGCUACUGUCUACUUCAUGUCCAAGCCUCGAACCAUCUACCUCGUUGAUUACGCCUGCUUCAAGCCUCCCGUCACUUGCCGUGUCCCCUUCUCCACUUUCAUGGAGCACUCCCGUCUCAUCCUCACUAACAACCCCAAGAGCGUCGAGUUUCAGAUGCGGAUUCUCGAGCGCUCUGGCCUUGGCGAAGAGACCUGUUUGCCCCCUGCUAUUCAUUACAUCCCCCCCAAACCAACCAUGGAGGCCGCUAGAGGUGAGGCAGAGCUUGUCAUUUUCUCUGCCAUGGAUGCUCUGUUUCAGAAAACAGGGAUGAAGCCCAAGGACAUCGAUAUUCUUAUUGUGAAUUGCAGUUUGUUUUCGCCUACUCCGUCUCUGUCGGCUAUGGUGAUUAAUAAAUACAAACUAAGGAGUAAUAUCAAGAGCUUUAAUUUGUCGGGUAUGGGGUGUAGUGCGGGGCUGAUUUCCAUUGAUUUAGCUCGCGAUUUGCUUCAGGUGCAUCCCAAUUCCAACGCGGUGGUGGUUAGUACUGAAAUCAUUACCCCUAAUUAUUACAAAGGAAACGAGAGAGCCAUGCUUCUCCCUAACUGCCUUUUCCGUAUGGGUGGGGCCGCUAUUCUCCUCUCUAACCGCCGCUCCGAGCGUCAUCGAGCCAAGUACCGCUUGGUUCAUGUGGUACGCACUCACAAAGGAGCCGACGACAAGGCCUACCGCUGCGUCUUCGAAGAGCAGGACAAAGAGGGGAAAGUCGGAAUUUCGCUUUCCAAGGAUCUCAUGGCCAUAGCCGGAGAGGCUUUGAAGUCAAACAUCACCACCAUCGGCCCACUCGUCCUCCCAGCUUCCGAGCAGCUACUCUUCCUUCUCACUCUCAUCGGCCGGAAAAUCGUGAACCCCAAAUGGAAGCCCUACAUCCCCGAUUUCAAGCAGGCAUUUGAGCACUUCUGCAUCCACGCGGGUGGGCGAGCGGUGAUCGAUGAGCUGCAGAAGAAUCUGCAGCUCUCAGCAGAGCACGUGGAGGCGUCGAGAAUGACUCUCCACCGGUGGGGCAAUACGUCGUCGUCUUCUCUCUGGUACGAAUUGGCAUACAUCGAAGCAAAAGGAAGGAUGAAGAAAGGCGAUAGGAUUUGGCAAAUCGCAUUUGGAAGUGGGUUCAAGUGCAACAGUGCGGUUUGGAAAUGCAACAAAACCAUCAAAACCCCAUUGGAUGGACCCUGGGCCGACUGCAUCCAUAGGUAUCCAGUUCACAUCCCUGACGUAGUCAAGCUCUAAAAACCCCACAAAUUUCAAAAUAAAAAAAAAAAAUUAAAACUAAAAUAACACACAAAUGAAUAAAAACAAACCAACACACAUGCAGCUGGGCUUCAACGUAAUCUGCAGAUAUGCUUCCUUCGCGAUGAAACUCUCAUUUAUCUGUGACUAUGACACCCUAUAUUUCCACUUUUCCUUCUCAAUCCUUGAUGGAUUUGCAUACAUCAAAUAUUGUGUUUGUAUUGAAUUUAAGGUACAAUUCCACGUAGCUUUGUUUGUGACGCAA